CGGGUCGGUUCACUAGUUGGGUUAUAACACAACCUCCGGUUGCUCCCGCCUCGGUUUUCACUUUUCCUCCUCCGGUCAGCCACCGACGACUCUUCCUGUCACCCUCACUCCCUCCAUUAUGACGUCAGCCAUGGGUCCUCCGCCUCCCAGAAACUCUACCCCUGCCGAGGAGCCUUCCGCAGUUUCUAAAGAUUUAGUCUCAGACUCGACGAAGGCUCAAAUGCCUCCACCUUCAGAAAACCCUAGGCUCUCCAUACCCGAAUCGUCACAAUCGAAUCUAGAGGAAUCCGAGUUGAGAAACACUGAUGCUCCCCAAAACGAUCCCAGUGAUGGCAACUCCGUCGCGAGCUCCAGCUCUGCUUCCGAGAGCAAUGGAAGCGAGGCAGAGAAGAAACAGGAGCGACGCUCUAAAGCUGAAGUGCCUUAUACAAUUCCUACGUGGAGUGAGCCUCCGUGCCAUAAAUAUUACAUAGAAAUUCUCAAAGACGGAUCCAUCAUUGAUCAAUUUGACGUAAACAAGAAAGGGGCUUACAUGUUUGGACACGUGGAUCUUUGUGAUUUUGUCCUUGAGCAUCCUACAAUCUCUAGAUUUCAUGCUGUUUUGCAGUUCAAGAGCAAUGGAGAUGCUUACAUUUAUGAUCUUGGUAGUACACAUGGGACAUUUAUAAACAAGAACCAGGUGAAUAAAAGGACUUUUGUGGAGCUGCAUGUUGGUGAUGUAAUACGGUUUGGACAGUCAUCUCGGUUGUAUAUUUUCCAAGGCCCAAAUGACUUGAUGCCGCCGGAAACUGACCUGAAAAAUAUAAGAAGGGCUAAGAUCCGAGCAGAUAUGCAAGAUAUGGAAGAAUCACUCCUGCGAGCAAAACUGGAAGCGUCUCUUGCUGAUGGGGUCUCAUGGGGAAUGCGUGAGGAUGCUAUUGAAGUAGAUGAGGAUGAAGUUGAUGAAAUAACAUGGCAAACAUACAAGGGACAACUUACAGAGAAACAGGAGAAAACACGUGAUAAAGUUAUUAAAAGACUUGAAAAGAUUGCUCAUAUGAAAAAGGAGAUUGAUGCUAUCCGGGCAAAGGACAUUGCUCAAGGUGGAUUGACACAAGGACAGCAAACUCAGAUUGCUCGGAAUGAACAGAGGAUAUCACAGAUAAUGGAAGAGCUUGAAAAUUUGGAAGAAACUUUAAAUGAAAGUAUCCGAGAAAGUUUGGGUGCACGUGCUGGAAGGAUGUCUCAUGGCAAGAAAAAAAGAGUAGAUGAAGAAGAAGAAGAGUAUUCAAGUGGUGAAGAUGAGUUCUAUGAUCGGACACAGAAACCUGCCAAGCAAAAGGGUGGUGAAAACCAAUCAGUUGAAACAGCAGAUUCUCUCCUUGAUAAGAAGGAUGCCAUUGUCAAGGAGAUGGAAGACAAGAGACAGCUACUUCUUUCUGAGGAUAAAACUGGUCCAGUAAAUGAGAAUCUUGAAGCUGCUGAUGAACUUGAUGUAUUCAUGUCAGGGCUCUCAUCUCAACUAGUUCAUGAGAAGGAGGACCGGCUGCGCAAAGAACUCUCUUCUCUUCAAUCAGAGUUGGAUAGGAUACUUUACUUGCUCAAGAUUGCUGAUCCAACUGGAGAAGCUGCUAGAAAGAGGGAGAUGAAACUACAGGAACCAAAGGUGACUAAAAUCCUCACAUCUGAUGCACCACAGCUUCCCGUAAAACAUAAUCAAAGAUGUGGAGCAGAGAAGUAUGCCUCCGCCAAGAAAGAGGAUAAUGUUGGUACUUCGGAAUCCAGCAAGGAGAAUAAAGAAGAUAAUGUUAAGGAUAAUGUUGGUACUUCGGAAUCCAUCAAGGAGAAUAAGGAGGGAAAUGUAACUAAUGCAACAGAUGGUAAAACUGUUCAGUACACUGUUGCUAAGCCCCAGUGGCUUGGAGCUGUAAAGGAAGAGAAAAAGCAAGAAAUUGUGGUGGAGUCACAGCCAGACAUGCAAGAAAAUGAUCAAUUUGUUGACUACAAAGACAGGGAGAGGAUGUUAAACAAUUCGGCAUCUGCACAUGCCAAUGAAGUUUCAGUGAUCGAAAAUGCAGCUCCUGGUCUUAUAAUAAGGAAGCGGAAACAAGUCAAGUCUGAUGCCAAUGAAGGUCAAACUGAAAAACAAUCUUCUGGUGCUGACAUGAAAGCAGAGGAAGCCAUUGCCCUAUUGUUGAAACAUUCAAGAGGAUACCAUGCUUCUGAUGAUGAAAAUGGGCAUGAUGGUGAAAUGGUCUUACAUGAAAGUCCCCUGGAGAAGAAAAAGAAAAAACCUAAAACAACGCAUGGUCCUGAUAGACCACCAUUUUUGGACAGUGGAAUGGACGAUGAAACCUGGGUGCCCCCUAAAGGGCAAUCAGGCGAUGGGCGCACAUCCUUGAAUGACCGCUAUGGUUAUUGACACACACACACACACACUUGUGCCUUAGACUAGUGUAGUUCUUCUGGGUUAUGUACUUUGUGCACCAUUACAACUUAUCUGCACCUGCUUAGCGGAGCCAUGUUCAUCAAGCUGUUUGCUUUCAAGCCGUUCUUCCACCAAUGAUUUGCUCGUGGACUCAAACAGAAAUCUGCAAUUAGUCUGGUCUUUAUGAACUUUUACUGAAUGACUUGACUAAACCUCCACCAUAGUCUUGAAGAAUCUGGGUGGGAUGGAUCAAUUGCCUAACAUCAUUGUACAGUAUAUUGUAUAGAGAUCAGUUUCUGUAAUCUCUAUCCGUUUUGUAAUGUCUCAAAUCCUAAAUAUAUGAUUCCUUUUUCAGUUAUUUCUA